AGCCUGAGCCAAUAACAGGUCAUAUGUGUAGAUUGUGUUGGUGUGAGUAGUUGUGUUGCUGUUCCUCCCACCUUCAGUGUCACAACGAGGAUGAAUACGACGCUGGCUAGUGGUCACGAGGUGGAGGCCAUGAGCGAGGAGUGGCUGGCCAGGAUGGAGCAGGAACAGACGCUCUACAACCAAGGUAUGGUCCGCCUCAGGCCCGGAGGCUGGCUCUACCCAACGGUCUUCACCAAAUAUGCUGACGCCAUCUACAACUACAAGUUCACUGAUGGUGACGUACUUGUGAUGGGAAUGCCCAGGUCUGGGACAACCUGGAUGUUGGAGUUGGUGUGGACGAUGCUUCACAACCCCGACCUGAACCAGAGGGGCAACCUGCCCAUCUUCAUCAGAGCACCGCAUAUAGACUUUGACAUGAUGCUUGACAGCAAGACCAUCAGAAGCACUGUUGAAAAUCCUCAGCAGUUCACAAAAAUGUUUCGUCAAAUGUGUCCAGGCAAGAAGGUAGAAGAUGGAGUAUUUCUGCAGAUUAGCGAGGCUCUACCUGCUCCUAGAGUGAUGAAGACCCACCUGCCCAGCACCCUCCUGCCCCCUAGCCUUCUUCAAACCACAAAGGUGGUAUACAUGGCUAGAGAUCCCAAGGACGUGGUUGUAUCGCUAUUCCAUCACUUCUGCAACGUAAGGUUCCACAACUAUACUGGCACCUUCGACAACUUCGUCAAGCAUUUCAUAAACAAUGAUUUGUUGUACAGUCCCUACUGGCCCAACUUGAUGAUGGCCUGGGAGCAAAAGGAUGACGCCAAUAUGCACUUUGUGUUUUAUGAAGACUUGAAAGCUGACAUUAAGAAGGAACUUGGAACACUGAAUGAGUUCCUGGGCACCAACCUCUCCCAACAGCAGCUUGAGAAUCCUCAUACCCAUGGUGCGAAUAUUCGACCGCACACCCUUAAGCGUUCCCGAGGAGAGCGGGUGCAACUGCACACUGACAACAUCUCCAAGCUGGCCGCUGUAAUGCCGCAGCAGCCCCUCUGGGAAUUCCAAGGACGCCCCAUGCACACUAACAUACGUCAUGGCACCACUCCGAUCUAA